AUGCCGCCGACCCCAGAGGAUUACCUUGAACAAGUAUACGCCGGAGUUCUCGGAAAGCUCAUCGGGGUCUAUGUUGGACGCCCAUUCGAAGGCUGGACACACCAGCGUAUUCUGGACGAGCUCGGCCCUAUCCACCACUAUGUGCACGAGAAGGUUGGCGCACCCUUAGUCGUGACCGACGACGACGUCUCGGGAACUUUCACCUUCGUGCGCGCGCUCGAGGAACACGGCGUCUCCGCGGACCUCUCAGCAGAAGCCAUUGGCAGGACGUGGCUCAACAAUGUCAUCGAGAAGCGCACCAUCUUCUGGUGGGGAGGCCGGGGCAUCUCAACCGAGCACACGGCCUUCUUGAACCUGAAAAGGGGCAUCAUGGCACCGCAGAGCGGCUCGAUACAGACCAAUGGAAAGACGGUCGCCGAGCAGAUAGGAGCCCAGAUUUUCAUCGACGGCUGGGCAUUGGUGGCGCCCGGAAACCCAGCGCUCGCCGCCAAGCUUGCGAAGGCUGCCGGUUCUGUUAGUCACGAUGGAGAGUCGGUCUAUGCGGCUGUGCUUUGGGCUGCGAUGGAGGCUGAGGCAUUCGUGUCCAACGACGUAGAUCAUCUUCUAGACACAGGUCUCCAAUUCAUACCGGGGGAUUCCUUGAUUGCAACCCUAAUCAAAGAUGUCCGAGGUUGGGCUAAGGAAGACGAAGAUUGGAUGAAAGCCAGACAGAAGAUUGAGGAUAAGUACGGGUACGACAAGUUCUGCGGCAUGUGCCACGUCGUCCCCAACCACGGUAUUAUGAUCAUGGCGCUUCUGUACGGUGGUCAUGACUUCCACGAAGCCAUGCACAUCAUCAACACCUGCGGCUGGGACACGGACUGCAAUUCGGGAAACGUCGGGUGCCUCGUUGCCAUCAUGCACGGCUUGAGUGCGUUUGAAGGCGGGCCGGACUGGCGAGGACCUCUGGCAGACCGAGCGUUGAUCUCUAGUGCAGACGGAGGGUAUACGGUCAACAAUGCAUCACUCAUCGCUUAUGACCUCUUCAAUCUGGGGAAACAGCUAGCUGGCGAGCCAAGGUUGGAUGGUCCGAAGAGCGGCGCGCAGUUCCAUUUCACUCUCCCGGGGAGUGUUCAGGGCUUCCAGGCCUAUGGAAACAACAGUACUGCACCUGGUCUUGUCAGAGUCGAGCAAGCGAAUGACGCCACAAAUAGUCCAGGUCUAGCUAUUCGACUUCAUGGGCUUACUCAAGGCGCGGGACCGGCAGAAGUGCUCACCGAUACUUUUCUUCCAUUAGAAGUGAAGAAAAUGCCCAUCUACGAAAUUGCUGGCUCUCCGCUGUUAUAUCCAGGCCAGGAAGUCAAAGCUCGAUUGCAUUGCGACGCGAAAACGACGAGCGAGGUCGUGGUUCGGCUGAGGUUGAAAGUGUACACCCCCAAAGACGAGCUGAUCAACGUGGAUGGAGAUCCCGUAACAUUGGGGCCCGGCGAAUCAACCACUCUUCAGUGGACCAUCCCCGAUGAUUUUGGGAGCCAGCCUAUACAGUCAGUCGGCGUCGUGCUAUCAAGCCCAAGGAAGCGCGUCGAUGGUGCAGUUAUGCUGGACUAUCUUCGAUGGGAUGGUAUUCCUGAGACCACCGUCGCAGCUACGACGAAGGCUUCGAACGAGUUUUGGCACCGAUCCUUCGUCAACAGCGCAGACGACUUCCGCUAUCGCUGGUCAAAAUUCACCGUCGCCCAGAACAGGGGGGAAGGCCUCGUGACAUACGGCACGCGGGAGUGGACAGACUACCGCAUUACCAUCAAUAGCUUCACAGUCAAUAUUGGAGGCCCUUCGGGUGUCAUUAUCAGAGCACAGGGCUUGAAUAGAUUCUAUGCGCUGGCUUUUGUUGAUGGUGGACGGGUCGCGAUUGUCAAGGCGGUCGAUGGGGAUAGGACGGAACUUGCGAGCGAGGAGUUGGAAUGGAGUCUCGAUACGCCGUACCAAAUGGAAAUCGAGGCGAAUGGUACAAGCAUCUUGGGUAAAGUCAAUGGGCAGAUUGUUCGGGCUACGGAUGCAGACUAUGGAUGUGGUGGUUGCGGUUUCGUUGUGACGGAAGGCUCCAUACAAGCCGACACUAUUCAAAUUAGCCGCGUCCGGUGA